CCCGCAUAUACAGCCUCGACCGUGUGUUGGUUCAGCGCAACCCACAGGCUACUAAGCAAUACUACUGUUCAUAAACUGACCCAAUCCGCCAUGUCUCUGAUUCAUGCAUUAGUUGCUCAGGGAUCGACUAUUCUCGCAGAGCACAAGAGUGGCCAGAGAGAUUUCUCUCAAGCAACGCAAACCAUUUUGUCGAAAAUCCCACCUAACAACAGCAAACUCACGUAUGUUUGGGAGCAGUAUCUCUUUCACUAUGUCUCCGAGGGAGGGUUCACGUACCUCGUGAUGGCCGAUGAUUCCGCUGGAAGACGCAUGCCGUUCGCCUUCCUCGCAGAGCUUCAGCAGAAGUUUAAUGCUCUCCCCUCUGCUUCCUCCGCAUCUUCGGGGCCCGCCUAUGCGCUCCAGGGUACUUUCGGCCCAACCAUCGCGCAGCUCAUGCACACAUACAACACGAGCCCGCCUGCGGACGAGCUCUCGCGCGCGCAGUCAGAGCUCUCGCAGGUGAAAGACAUCAUGGUGCAGAACGUCGAACAGAUCCUGUCACGCGGCGAACGUAUUGAGCUGCUCGUCGACAAGACGGACAACAUGGCGAGCCAGGCGACUGCGUUCCGCCGCGGCGCACGGACGGUGCGGCGGAGCAUGUGGUGGAAGAACAAGCGGGUCGUUGGUCUCAGCUUCGUUGUAGCUUUGCUCCUGAUCUGGAUCCUCGCUGCUCAGGUCUGUGGUGCUGGCCUGAACCAGUGCGGCGCAAAGUCAGACUCGUGAUAAAACUUUCUCUAGACAUAUGUUACUUGUUUCAUCUUACCACUGCACUCUCAUUUCAUCUGCGAUUCGGAACCUACUGUACGUUAUAUAUUAUUUUAUCUGUACUUACUACGUGGCUCGGGAUGUAUUUGAUACUCACAGAGCUCACGGCAAUUGCGAGAGCUGUCCAUCAACCAAUCCCUUUGAAGG